AGCCUAUUCAUAUUAUAUAUAUAGUUAUUUCAGAUGCCAAGAACUCUUUUCAAAAAACCGAAGUGCAGUUAGAAUAUACUUGAAGAGAGACUACAAUAUUUAAUUUUCAUUAGAUUGUUCAUAUAAUCAGUCCUAUUCUUUCAACUUUAAAAACUUAUUGCCGUACUGAUUCUUCCAAUUAAUAAGUCUAAAUUGAGCUGUAUAGUAAACAAGCAUUUGGAUUGAAUUAUGGAUUUGUCGAAGCGAAAACCGCCUCCGUUGAGACUCCAAGACCCAAGAAAUUUGACUUUUAUAGAUUCAGUAAAAGAUUCUUCUUAUGCAAGAAGUCCCGUUUCAUCCCCCACAUCUCCUUGGCAUGUUUCAGACAAAUUGAUCAGUGCUAUAUAUCAAGAACUGAAAUCUCCUAGCUCUCCUUGGGAUAAGAAUUUUUCCCAGCAAUCGCCAUGGCUGCUUGCGAAUAGUUUAAUACCUCACGAUGAAGAUAGUCCUUUACUUCCUUUAGUUUCACCAUUGGAUCUGAAAACCAGAAGCCAGUCAAUGAUGUCCAGAAAAAAAUCCAGAGUCAGAAAGCAAUCUCCCGCAUCCCAAUUGUAUUCAAAAGAAACAGGAGCUCUCAAAUAUCCGAAAGUGAUUAAACAGAGGCUUUCUCUUACAACUGAUGAAAGAAGUUUAAACGUAAGAAAAUCCGGUGAUUAUUCGACUAGCUCUGUUGUUGGUAUCAAAUCUGCACGACAAAGUGCAGCUCAUAAAUCCUCUCCCCGUGAUUUGGAAUUCCUUGACAUAGAAGAUUUGUCGUCACGAAAGAAAAUUCCUAUCAAAGAGCGCAAGGACGUCGGUACCCGCAUGUCGAACGCUUACAGUCGAAUUAAGUCUGCCGUAAAGGACCGAACAAAUGGGUCGAUCCCGAAACGUUCCAAGAUGAAAAAGAAUAUCCAACAUUUGGGUCUAACUGAAUAUCACGGAUGGGAACACCAUUCUUGCGAUUGGUUAUAACCUUGUACUCAAACUGCAUACUUCGAUUAUCUUUCCAUUUCCUCAUACUCUGUACAUUAAUUUACGAAUUUUCUGAUCAAUAUCAUAUAACAGCUGCUUUAAAGCAUGAGUGACUGAGUCCACAUAUCGCUCGCUGUUUAACGGUUAUUUACUUUUCUUUUGAAGUUUAAUAACGUUCUACUCAUCUUUUAUUUAUGCUAUCUGAAGUGUCAUCGCCAUUUGCAUAUUCUUAUACUAACGUUUUUUAAAUAUUUAUAAUUACGGAACAUUUACGGGCUUACGAAUAUAAUCUAAUGAGUAGUUUUACUAUGAAAAUCCUUAAUAAUCUGAUAUU